AUGGAAAAUGAAGAUUAUGAAGCAAUAACAUUUCACAAUGUCCCAGUGGAAAAUUUAAUCGACUCUAGAAAAUACUGUGAUCGAAGAAAGAUAUUUGAAAAUAGAGAUAAUUUUAUAUUUGAUGAUCACGAUGAAGCACCUCAAAACAAUAUUGAAGCAGCACUUGAAAAAAAUGAAACUGAGGAUUCAGAUGAAAAGUUAGUUGUUUUAGAAAAAGAAGAGAGGAAAGUACUAAGAAAAAAUCACUACAACGUAAUUUUUAACAUUGAAACUAGUAUCGAAAAUGCAGUGGCUAAGCGAAAAUUUCAACAAAAAAUGAUAGUACAACCACCUGUAGUUAAGAAAAUUGAAAACAGUGAAUUUGAACUAGGCAAUAUUAUCGAAGAAUUGAAUAAUUUUAUAGAAGGAAAAUGUUUGAUUUUCCAUACAAAUGAAUAUGAACAAGAAAGUUUAGAUCUUCUUAAGCAAAAAGACAAAAUUAUCGAUAAACUAUUAGAAGGACUAGAAGAAUUGUUAACUAAAUCGUUCAAUGAAACAUCUUCUAAUACGAACGAUCUGAAUAAACUGAAUGAAAUCGCAAACAAUAAAUUACACAUCCUUAAAGAAGAGCAUAAAAAGUAUUAUUUAGCUAUUACUAAAUUGAUUGAAGAUACUAAAAAUGAAAAAAAUAACAAAGAUUCUACUAAUUGGAGGCUUUUGAUGAACAAAAUCAUUAAUAAAAUAUCAAAUGCAGCAUUAAAACGGUUGGUACUUAUUGAAAAGAACAACUUCGAAUUAUUAAAGCUAUUUAAGACCAAUGAAGAGAACACAAAAAUUUUACAAGAAAUUGUGUAUAAGCUGAGAGAAAAAUGCAAUAAAAUCGAAUCCGACCUUAAAACCAAAAAGUCUACAAUUGAAAAACAAAUUAUAAGUAUUAAUGAAAAAAUUGAUCAGCAAGAAAAAAGAGCUGAUUCUGUUGCAAAGAAAGAUAACAACGAAUACUUACAAUUGUGGGACCAUCAACUUAAUGAUAUCAUACAUUACAUAAAUAGAGUAAAAUUUAUGUUUCUACUUUAA